UUCACUUCAGAGCCCUCUCCUCUGCUUUCUCUGUACAUCCAUUCAAUUAUACUCCUCUGAAAAGAAAAACAAAAAAGCUUCUCUAACCAUCUCUGCACUUCCGGGAAAGCGGCCGACACUUUACAACUGCUCGUGCAUUACAGAAAAACACUACAAUAACCUACUGAUGAUUAGAGGAAAUGAUCAGCUCACCUACAAGACAUGAGCUGGUGUCUGUUUUAGUGCUCGAACUACAUAUGUACGUGCACUGCAGAACAGCUGCUGUCCACCGACGAACGAGUCACAUAUAGUUUUGAUCAGUCGUGACAAGGUGAGGAAGGCUCACCGGAGAACGAACGGCCGGGUUAGCAAGGAGAGGCGCCAAGAAACGAUGGCGCAUCGCCGUUGUCUUCUCCUGUUGUUGCUCGCCGCGCUGCUGCCGGCGCCGGCGGCCAGGGGCGAUCCCGACGCGGUGCAGGACUUCUGCGUGCCGGACGCCGGGCGUGGCCGGCCGGUGGAGCUCGGCCUGCUCCCGUCCUACCCGUGCAGGAACCCCACCAACCUGACGGCCGGCGACUUCGCCUUCUCGGGCGUGCGCGCCGCGGGGAACUUCUCGCCGGAGACGGGCUUCGCCGGCGUGUCCGUCACCCCGGCGCAGUUCCCGGGCCUGCACACCCUGGGGAUGUCCUUCGCCCGCGCCGACCUCUCCGCGGCCGGCGGCGUCAACCCGCCGCACUACCACCCGCGCGCCACCGAGACGGCGCUCGUCCUCGCCGGCCGCGUGUACGCCGGGUUCGUCGACUCCGGCGGCCGCCUGUUCGCCAAGGUGCUCGAGCAAGGGGAGGUGAUGGUGUUCCCGCGCGCCAUGGUUCACUUCCAGCUCAACGUCGGCGACGCGCCGGCCACGGUGUACGGCACCUUCAACAGCGAGAACCCCGGCAUCGUGCGCAUCCCGGCGACGGUGUUCGGGUCCGGCAUCAGGGAGGCCGUCCUCGAGAGGGCGUUCGGGCUCACUCCGGCGGAGCUCCGGCGGCUGGAGAAGAGGUUCGGGCCGCCCAAGAAGGCGGAGCUGGAGGAUUAGCUAGCUGCUGCAUGAUUAGAUUACUCCUCGUUACUGAUAAUCAAUGGGGUAUUUCUUUUGAUUUGGUUAAUACAGUGUUGUAUCAUUUGUUGGUGGUGGUUGGGAACGGUGAUUAUGCCGGUAAUGAUUUGAGGUGUAAGGUUGGUAUACAUGUGUACGGAAGUACAGAUAAAUGGAGCAAUCGAGGAUCACUCAAACUUCAAAAUA